AAUGCACUGAAAAUGAAAGUCAUGUACAGAGUCCCCAGAACUCCACCACUGCUGGAGUGCUUUACGUUUUAGACGAUGGGGUGGUCUAGUGUGUUGCUCUUAGCCAGUGCCUAUCUAACCUUGCAUCUUUCUACAGCCGAAGGAGAAGAGAGAUUUUGUGAUUUUCCAAAAAUAAGCCACGGAAUAUUAUAUGAUGCAAAGAAAUAUGACCCACUGUCCCCUGUUCCUAGUGGGAAGGUUUUAUACUACUCUUGUGAAUAUAAUUUUGUGUCUCCUUCAAAUUCCUUCUGGAAUCUCAUAACAUGCACAGAAGAAGGAUGGUCACCAACACCAAAGUGUCUCAGGCUAUGUUUCUUUCCUUUUGUGGAAAAUGGUAAUUCUACAUCUUCAGGACUAACACACUUACAAGGUGAUACUGUACAAGUCGUUUGCAAUCCAGGCUACAGCCUUCAAAAUAAUCAGAGCAGCAUGGCCUGCACUGAAGAGGGCUGGUCCGUUCCUCCCAAAUGCAUUUCCACCAAUUCAACAUGGAAAUGUGGGCCGCCUCCAUCUAUUGACAAUGGAGACAUCACCUCCUUCCCUUUACCAGAAUACCCACCAUUAUCAUCAAUUGAAUAUCAGUGCAAGUCCUUCAAUAAAAUGCAGGGCAACAACAAAAUAACAUGUAGAAAUGGAGAAUGGUCAGAGCCACCAAAAUGUUUAAAUGCUUGUAUAGUAUCAGAAGAAAUUAUGAGAAAACACAAUAUAAGUCCCAAAUGGACAGAAAUUCGAAAGAUUUAUAUGCAAUCAGGGGACUAUAUAGAAUUUAUAUGUAAACGUGGAUAUAAAAAGGCAAAUACGUCACCUUCAUUCCGUACAAUGUGCAUUGAUGGUUACAUCAAUUAUCCCAGUUGUACAAAAGUUAGCUUAGUGUAUGAAUGAACCUUUGUUUAGAAAUAUGCAUGCAUAUUACUAACACAGUUUCAAUUUAUGCUUGAAGUAUUUCUUCUCUUAAGUAUAAACUUAAUUAAUUUGGAGCCUGAGAUAUGAUUGUUACAAAUGCAAAAAAAGUGCAUUCAAAAUAUCUAAACCAGAGCGUGGCAAGUCCUAGCACAAUAAACAAUGACAAGAAAAUGCAAUCACUUCAGGGUCUGUUUUGAUCCACCACUUUUCAGUUCUCCAAUUUUCUUCAAUACUUUUAACCUAAUUCUCUGAUCCAAAGUUAACUGAACCCAUAUUGUCCCAGUCUCCAAAUUAGUAUUAUUUCACAAAUAUAUAACAACCAAACUGUCAUACUUAACAUUGAUAAUUAAUAUAAAUAAUGCUACAUAAUAUUUUAUGCUAAAAAACAGAUCUAAAAGUAUCUUUAUUAUUUCCUGAGCAUAUUAAUUUCUCAAUUUAAAUAUUCAAUAGUUACACAAAAUAAUUAAAAUUUACUGUGUAUCUGAUUUCGUAGCUAUCAUAAUGACAAUAUUAAAAGCUAUAUUUAUUCUGAACAGGCAAUAAGCACAUAUAUACUUGUACCCAAAGUAAUAGAAAAGGAAAUUAACAAUAAAUACAAUAAAAUUUAUUUAAAAACUAUAUUUAUCUUUAGAGGUAAUAGGUUAAAGGUUUCUAUUUGAUAUCUUUAAGACAAUUUCUAGUUUACAGUACCAAACAUAACUUGUAUGCCUUAUGACAGUGAAAAAGUGAUAUAUAUUCAGCAACUGAUGCUGCAGUCUUAUAUUUUUAUUUCUGGGUUAUAAAUAUGUAACAUGAUACUGCAAAAAUGAGUGGCAGUAAUGCACCAUAGCUCCUGUUUGACCAAUGAAAACAAGCAACAUUUCAAAAGCCCUGUGUUUCUAACUCUGAUUAAUGAAACAUUAGUAUGUAAAAUGAAUUUUAAACAUUGUUUUCAGUGUACUAUGGCUAGUAAGAUAUAACUCUUGUAUAAACUGAGGAAUAUAGAUGUUUAUCUUUAUUUUUCUAUAUCUCUACCAUUAAUACAAUCAGUUUAAAACCAUACCAAUAAGUUACUUAAGAUCAGAAUUUCAAAAAGGUUCACUAAUAUCUGGGAGAACUAUAAAGAUGUCAGUGAUGAUUUUAAUAACAAAUAGCAGUUCACUGAUUGAUGGUUCAGAAUAUUCUAUCUGGCACUUCAGCAUGUAAUUCUGGGAAUUUCAAAUACAUAAUUUAAGGUGAUCUUUUUCACUCAUCUUAAACAGCCUUCCUUUAAUUACUUUAGGCAAAAAAAAAAGGUCUAACCUUUCAAAAUGUUGAAAUCUAAAAGAUAAACAGAGCAGGUUUCUUGUAUAUCAUAUAUUAUUAGACAGUGGACAUACUGCUGAAAUGCCAAGAAAAUGCUUAACUAUUACUAGUUUAAAAUAAUUUUUAAAAUAAUCGUAUUUAACUUUAACACUUGUGAAGGCAGUUGUCUGCCAGUACCACUGUAACAAGUGGCUGUAAACUGGAUGUGCUGCCUUAAAAGGCACUCAUGUCAGAAAGUUGUACAGAACGGCAUAUCUAAGAUGAUGGCAUAAAAUUUAGUAACUGCCCAUGACGUUUUUUUCUUAAGUAGGUGCCACUGCAUGGCAGCAUUUGGCAAGGAAGUGCUCUGCAGUGUCUUUUUAAUGAAACUAACUCCAUUAGUGAGGAAAGGCUUCUGGACACAAUUACCUGGAAAACCCCACUAUGGUAUCAUUAUGAAGAUGAUGUGGAAGCAACAUGUAUUGUUUGGGAGACACCACAUUAAGACUAUAGCAAAUGAAUGAUAAAGACAUUCCAUGAAAACAGGAGCCAAAACCACAGCAGGAUGGUUAUUCACAUCAGAGAAAAUAGAACAUAAAACAAAAACUAAAAGGGAAAAAUUAAGAUCAUUGUAAAAUGAUAAAAUAAAUUUACUAAAUAUAUAUAUACAUAAAUUAGAUAUUGUGUAACGUAUUUAAUAUGUGAAACAUUGUUGGGUCCCUAGAGGACAGGCCUUCGCACCCCCACUUGGUGUGUUUUGCACUCUUGAGGUUGGUUGAAAACAGGAACAAAAACAGGAACAAUCUGUUGUUUUCAGCAAUGUUUCUAAGGAUGUUUACCUCUAAGCCAUUGAGUUAUGGUGAUGAGCUUUCUGCUAUUGCUGAUUUGGCCUCCCCUGCUGAGGGCUAUAUAUACUUGUGAGAAAGUGGACUAAAAGGCUAGUCUGCAGAACCUGAAGUUGUGUUGCGUGUUAAUCCUGAUGUCCCUUGCUCAGAAAAACGACAGUUGCCAUGCUGGCGCGGCAAAACAUAUUUAUAAAUCUGAAGAAGAAAUUCAUUUAAGUGAAUAAACAAUUGAGUUUUUCCAUA